AUAAGAUUACGAAACUACCCCUUAACAUUCACCUAAUUUAACAUCUUCUCUCUCAGCUCUCGAAAGAACGAAAGGAACCCUAAGAUUGAGUUUGAUUGCACAAAGGAGAACGAAAGCAUGGCAGGAACUGGACCGAUGACUCAGGACUGGGAGCCCGUGGUGAUCCGCAAGAGAGCCCCUAACUCCGCCGCCAAGCGCGACGAGAAAACUGUCAACGCCGCUCGUCGCGCCGGCGCCGAUAUCGAAACCGUCCGAAAAUAUAAUGCUGGAACGAACAAGGCAGCAUCAAGCAGCACUUCUCUCAACACAAAGACGCUCGAUGACGACACUGAGAACCUUACUCAUGAGCGUGUGCCUACUGAGCUAAAGAAAGCUAUUAUGCAAGCCCGCACUGAGAAGAAGCUAACCCAGUCCCAACUUGCUCAACUCAUCAAUGAGAAGCCACAAGUGAUCCAAGAGUACGAGUCUGGUAAAGCUAUCCCCAACCAGCAGAUCCUUUCUAAGCUCGAGAGAGCUCUUGGUGCUAAACUCCGUGGUAAGAAGUGAUGAUCAUCAAGUCCUCAUGAAGAUUAACAAAAAUCUUAAUCGCUCUUUCACUUUUCUUAAUGACUAUGUGGUAAACAACAAUCUGUGCUUUCAUGUAAUGUCGUCAACUCUUUGCCAAGAGUAACCGUUUGAAAGUUUCGUUUAUGUUUUCACUCUUAUAAUCUUUGGGAGUAUUAUUAUUAGCAAUUAUAGUA